UCCCGAGAAUUUCGCGGGGCGCUUCUGGGGAUUGGGGGGAGGGUUUCUUGGUGUCCAUAUUGAAUAAAGGCUGGUCGCCUGGCUGUUGAGUUGCGGCGUUAUACUGCUAAACCCUAAGUUGUUGGAAAGAAAACAGUUCGAACAGUUGAAGAGUCAGAUCGAUCAGGAAAAGCGAUGGAACCGAUUGCGAGUUUUACAGUUGGAUUAAUUGCUGGUUGUCGCAUUGGUUACCGGGAGUUCAGAAUUUAACUUAAUAGCUAACUGCUCCUGGAAACCAUCUCUUGUAACCUUCGCUUGAAGGAGGGGCUGCGUUUUCCUAAGUACAAUAAAGUCCCGGGUAGGAAAAUAGAAAGUGAUUAACAGAAUUUUCGGGGUUAGAUUGGGUGCAGUGUACUCCGUGUACAUGUUGAGAACCAUGAAGUAAAGUUAGAUCAAAAUUAAAGAAAAAUAUGUAUAUUAGUCUGAGCAGAAUUGAGUCUUUUUUUUUUUUUUUUUUUUUUUUUAGUGUUUUGUUUUUAAAAACCUAAAAAUGGGUGCUGGAUUGAAUAGCCUGAAGGUCGUAAGCUUUACUAGAAAGAAUCUAAGAGUAAAAAUUGAGAGAGGUGUGAACUGAAUUUGUCUGUGUGUGAUCUUGGGAAAGUCGUUAGUUUUGAGUGCCUUAUCCUGUAAAAUGGAGAUGAUAAUUUCAGUGGUUUUCUCACAGUGUCUGGCAAAUCCUGUAUACAAUCAUAAUGUUUGGUUUGUAAGUUGUACACGUAGUUAAUGGUUUUUAUCUAUAAAACUUAAAUAAAGUUUGCUAAGCCUCGUCUUCCCAUCCUCCCUCCCCCAAUUUUCGUGGAAGAAGAUCUGAUUUGAAAAUCACUGCAUUUUGCCUCUACCUGGUAUGCCUUCGUCUUUAGAUUCAUUGGUCAGAAAGUUUUCACCUUAACUUAAAUUCAUAUUCAAUCUCACAGCUAUUGCAAGUACUAUAAGAUUGAUAUUAAAGACAUGGUUUUCACUCCUCUUCAUCAACACACAUAAGUUUACUCUUCAUUUUGGACCCCUAUUUUAUACCACAAUGCAACAAGCUUUAGAACUAGCUUUGGAUCGUGCUGAGUAUGUUAUUGAAAGUGCCCGACAGAGACCUCCUAAAAGGAAAUACCUGUCUAGUGGAAGAAAAUCUGUAUUUCAAAAACUUUAUGACUUAUAUAUUGAAGAAUGUGAAAAAGAGCCUGAGGUUAAGCAGAAAUUAAGAAGAAAUGUGAAUUUGUUAGAGAAGCUUGUUAUGCAAGAGACAUUAUCCUGUUUAGUGGUCAACCUAUACCCAGGAAAUGAAGGAUAUUCUCUGAUGCUCAGGGGAAAAAAUGGAUCAGAUUCUGAGACCAUUCGACUGCCUUAUGAAGAAGGGGAAUUGCUUGAAUACUUGGAUGCAGAAGAAUUACCUCCAAUUUUGGUUGAUCUCCUAGAAAAAUCUCAGGUUAAUAUUUUUCAUUGCGGAUGUGUCAUAGCAGAAAUACGUGACUACAGGCAGUCCAGUAAUAUGAAAUCUCCUGGUUACCAAAGUAGGCAUAUUCUUUUACGUCCAACAAUGCAGACUUUAAUCUGUGAUGUGCAUUCAAUAACAAGUGAUAACCAUAAAUGGACCCAGGAAGAUAAACUCUUGCUUGAGAGCCAACUGAUCCUAGCUACAGCUGAACCACUGUGUCUUGAUCCUUCCAUAGCAGUAACCUGUACUGCAAAUAGACUGCUUUAUAACAAGCAAAAGAUGAACACGCGCCCCAUGAAACGGUGUUUCAAGAGGUAUUCCAGGUCGUCUCUGAAUCGACAGCAGGAUCUCUCUCAUUGUCCACCUCCGCCUCAGCUAAAAUUACUUGAUUUCUUACAAAAAAGGAAGGAAAGAAAAGCAGGUCAACAUUAUGACCUCAAGAUUUCUAAAGCAGGAAAUUGUGUAGAUAUGUGGAAACGGAGUCCCUGUAAUUUGGCCAUACCUUCCGAAGUGGAUGUGGAGAAAUACGCUAAAGUGGAAAAGUCCAUCAAAUCUGAUGACUCACAACCAACAGUCUGGCCAGCCCAUGAUGUAAAAGAUGAUUAUGUAUUUGAAUGUGAAGCUGGUAAUCAGUAUCAGAAAACAAAGCUGACCAUUUUGCAGUCACUUGGUGAUCCACUUUACUAUGGCAAAAUACAGCCAUGUAAAGAAGAUGAAGAAAAUGACAGCCAGAUGUCUCCAUCCCACUCCUCCACAGAUGACCAUUCAAAUUGGUUUAUUAUUGGAUCAAAGACUGAUGCUGAGAGGGUAGUCAAUCAGUACCAGGAGUUGGUCCAGAAUGAAGCCAAAUGUCCAGUCAAAAUGUCACACAGCUCCAGUGGCUCAGCCAGCUUAAGUCAACUUUCUCCAGGGAAAGAAACAGAACAGCCCGAGACUGUGUCAGUUCAGUCUUCAGUUUUGGGGAAGGGAGUAAAACACCGACCUCCACCCAUCAAACUCCCCUCAAGCUCAGGAAAUAGUUCUUCAGGUAACUAUUUUACACCGCAACAGGCCAGCAGCUUUCUUAAAUCUCCAACUCCUCCUCCUGCUUCCAAGCCACCAAGUCUUUCUCGGAAGUCAUCUGUGGAUCUCAAUCAAGUCAGCAUGCUUUCUCCAGCUGCCUUGUCACCUGCCAGUUCAUCACAAAGAUCUGGAACUCCUAAGCCAUCUACUCCUACACCAACCCCUUCAUCGACCCCACACCCUCCUGAUGCUCAGAGCUCAACUCCUAUUACCCCUUCAGCCACCCCUACUCCCCAAGAUUCAGGCUUCACCCCUCAGCCCACUUUGUUAACUCAGUUUGCUCAGCAGCAAAGGUCUCUGAGCCAGGCAAUGCCUGUAACGACCAUUCCUCUUUCCACCAUGGUAACAUCCAUAACUACAGGAACCACGGCCACCCAGGUCAUGGCAAACUCUGCUGGACUUAACUUCAUCAAUGUAGUGGGCUCUGUUUGUGGAGCCCAGGCUUUGAUGAGUGGUUCAAACCCUAUGCUGGGCUGUAACACUGGUGCCAUAACUCCUGCAGGAAUAAACCUGAGUGGCCUUCUACCCUCAGGAGGUCUGCUACCAAAUGCAUUGCCCGGUGCAAUGCAGGCAGCUUCUCAAGCAGGUGUUCCAUUUGGUUUAAAAAAUACUUCAAAUCUCAGGCCCUUAAAUCUACUCCAGCUUCCAGGUGGUUCACUCAUUUUUAACACUCUGCAGCAGCAGCAACAGCAGCUUUCUCAGUUUACGCCACAGCAGCCUCAGCAGCCCACCACUUCCAGUCCUCAGCAGCCAGGAGAGCAGGGUUCUGAACAAGGUUCUACCAGUCAAGAACAGGCCUUAUCUGCUCAGCACGCUGCUGUUAUUAACCUUGCUGGAGUAGGAAGUUUCAUGCAGUCACAGGCAGCUGUGUUGUCUCAGCUUGGCUCUGCCGAGAACAGACCUGAGCAAAGCCUUCCUCAGCAGAGAUUCCAGCUCUCCUCUGCCUUUCAACAGCAGCAGCAACAGAUACAACAGUUGCGAUUCUUGCAGCAUCAAAUGGCUAUGGCAGCAGCAGCAGCACAAACAGCUCAGCUACAUCGUCAUCGGCAUACAGGCAGCCAGUCAAAAAGUAAAAUGAAGAGAGGCACGCCAACCACUCCAAAAUUCUGAGUCUUGCUUUUUUUUCUUUUUUAAAACCAUUAAGAGCAUUGAAUCAAAAGGAUUCUGAGUUUCUACUUCAUUUUUUGGUUUUGUUUUUUUUUAAAUGUCAGUAUUUUACAUUGCUAGAUGUACAAACUUUAUACAGAAGCACAACCCUAGCAUUUUUAAGUAAAAACAGGGAGAUGGUUUAAUGAACCAUUAGGGUUGGUUUGCCUAAGUUACUGCUUUUUAAAAAUGGUUUCACUGUACAUAAUACAUGUGGAAGUGACCUAAGAAAUACUAGAAACAUCUUUCAGAAGAAUGUAGUUUGAUAUUUAUUUAGUAUAAAAGGUUUGUGCACAGUGUAACAAAUACAGUUUUUACAAAUCCGUUUUGAAAA